AAGUGAUUUUCCAGAAAUUUGCUUUUUCAGGAUAAAAAGAAGAACUGGACUGUUAACACCUGGAUCUUCGGCGCCAUGGAACGGCCAAUAGCAGAGGCUCUUUGUCGCCACGUAGGCGCAUGACACGGCCCCCAUCAUGGCGGUCAACGGUUUAAUCUCUCACCGCCUCUGUAGAAUCUGGAAAAAAAAAUUCUCACUUUUUCGCUCUUAAUAUCCCUUUAAGGCUCCGUCUCUUGAAGAUUCUUGGUGAAUUCGAGGAAUUGGGUCUUAAUCAGCGGGGGAAGGUAGGUGACCUUUCAUUUUAUUGAGCGUUUCGGCUGUUGUUGGGGAGCAAUUAGUUUGGUCAUGGGCAAGCCGGUGAGUGGCCGGAAAAGCUAUCCGGCGUCGCCCACGGAUUACCAGUUGAUGGAGGAGAUCGGAGACGGAGCUAGCGCUACUGUCUACCGAGCGAUCUGCAUCCCUUUCAAUGAAAUUGUUGCUGUCAAAUGCUUGGAUCUCGAUCGAUGCAACAGUAAUCUGGAGGACAUGCGACGAGAGGCUCAAACUAUGAGUCUGAUUGACCACCCAAAUGUGAUCAAGGCCUACUGCUCCUUUGUUGUUGAUCGAUGCCUUUGGGUAGUUAUGCCAUUUAUGGCACAGGGAUCAUGCUUGCAUAUAAUGAAGGUUGCAUACCCAGAUGGAUUUGAAGAGGCAGUGAUCUGUUCUCUUCUCAAGGAGACGCUUAAAGCUUUGGACUAUCUUCAUAAACAUGGGCAUAUUCAUCGUGACGUGAAGGCAGGAAAUAUCCUUCUAGAUAGCACUGGAUUUGUGAAGCUUGGUGAUUUUGGUGUUUCCGCUUGCAUGUUUGACAAGGGUGAUAGACAGCGUUCAAGAAACACUUUUGUGGGCACACCAUGCUGGAUGGCACCGGAGGUCUUGCAAUCUGGUAGCGGUUAUGAUUUCAAAGCUGAUAUUUGGUCAUUUGGAAUAACUGCAUUGGAGCUGGCACAUGGUCAUGCACCAUUUUCGAAGUACCCCCCAAUGAAGGUUCUCCUCAUGACCCUGCAAAAUGCUCCACCUGGCCUCGACUAUGAGAGAGACAAAAGGUUUUCAAAGUCUUUUAAAGAAAUGGUGGCCAUGUGCUUGGUGAAAGAUCAAAGUAAGAGGCCAACAGCAGAGAAAUUGCUCAAGCAUUCAUUUUUCAAAAAUGCAAAGCCACCAGAAUCAACUCUGAAAAAACUUUUGGUAGACCUACCACCACUUUGGGAUCGCGUAAAAGCUCUUCAGCUUAAAGAUGCAGCAGAGUUAGUCAUGAAGAAAAUGCCAUCGGCAGAGCAAGAAGCGAUCUCACAGAGUGAGUAUAAACGGGGUGUUAGUGCCUGGAAUUUUGACAUUGAGGACUUGAAAGCUCAGGCAUCAGUGAUUCGAGAUGAUGAUGAACUUCCAGGUCUAAGGGAGGAGGAUAUGGAACCCAGACCAGCACAAAAGGAGAAGGCUUCACCUAGUUCUUUGUCAGGGAAGCCAGCCUUUAGACAUGAAAUUGUUUGCAGUGGAAGUAUAGGUGAUGCUUCUUCUUCAGAAGGUAGACACUUGAACACCGGAGAAAAAAUCACUUUGUCUAAAUCGGCUGAAUUGGAUUGUGGGGGUCCCAGUGAAAUACAGUGUUUAGCGUCAAAAGAUGAAAUAGGAAAGAAUGUUGGAGUUGGAGAUGUGAAAAUUGGUGAAAGCCAUGCCCUCAAUGACUGUGACAGUGGACAACCUAUGCCCACUUCAGAGAGAGGAUUAAGCAGAGAAGCCAAUGAUCGGUCGACACCAGAGAAACCAUUGAAGCACGAUGCUCAUAAAGACUCCAGUCUUAAUGGUCCAAUGAUGCUGCCAAGGCGGGCUUCUAUGAACAGCUUAUCGGCUCCCAUUAGAUCAUCAGGAGGAUACAGGGAUAGUGUAGAAGAUAAAUCAAAGGCAAAUGUGGUGAAAGUGAAAGGUCGAUUUUCAGUGAUGUCUGAAAACGUGGAUGUUGUGAAGGCUGCCACUUCCAAAGAAACUGGUAAUGUCCCAGUUGCAGCAUCGGUUCUAAUUCCACAGCUACAGAAUCUUUUCCAGCAAACUGCAGUUCAACAGGAUCUUAUCAUGAAUCUGAUUAACAGCCUGCAGCAAACUGCAUUUGCAGAUGGGAAAUGUUCCUCUCAGGUUCCAACCUUUGGCAUUGAUACUUCUAAUGAAGCAGCACCAUCUGAAAGGGAGCGACAGUUGCUAACCAAGAUAUCCGAUCUUCAAAACAGGGUAUUGAGUUUAACUGAUGAUCUCACAACGGAAAGGGCGAAGUACAUUCAUUUACAGCAGCAGCUGAAUGAUUUAUCUACCCAAGAAAAGUUUGGGAACUCAAACGGGGACAAGACAAGUACAUAAGGACAAAUUAGACCUGAAAAAUGGCAUAUUUCUCAGGGACAAGAUGUAAAGGAUGGUUCUUCAUUUGAUGUAUGUGUUUUCCCUGGUAAGCUAUUUCUGGAGUUGCAGUAACUGAGAAUUUCACAUAAACAAUCUUCUAUAAGCCAAGUUAACCUGCCGGCGGCAUUUCUUCUAGAAGAUGAUUGCUUGAGCCAGAUUGUUCUCAGUUGCAGAAUCUCCAAAGUUGGAGACGUGAUCAGCAUGAUCUAAAAACAAAUGUUGAAUGGCAGUCAAAUGCAAUAAUAGUGAGCGUGCAGUGAAGUUUCAAGCAGUUCUACGCAAUUGAAAAAAUUAGACCAGAUUGGGAGUCACUGUGAUUAUUUGUGUUUGGAAACGGCACUUUUUCUAUUUAUAUAUUUGCUUCUGUUGUAAUGGGUGGGCUCAAUACAAAUUCAUGUUAUUAAACCUGAUAUAGAAUACUACCUUCAAUAACUUGAUAUUUCAUCUUUGUACUUA